CAUCCAAAAGACUGUACAGUAGUAAAUAAAUUUCUAGAGAGAGAGAGAGUAGUUAGUGUAUUUCAGAAGCUCUCGGUUUCGCUGAUUUUGAGGCAUGCAAGAGAGAGAAAGAGAAAGAGAAAGAGAUUAUUCGUACAACACAAGUUUCACAUAUCUAGUCAAUUUUUUCACUGCAUUUAGGACUCUCUUCUCUUCAAAAUCAAAACCAUUUUUCUGAAGUUUUCAGACCACAGAGAAACAAACAACCCAGGUGUGUUGAGAUAAUGCUGAGGAAGAGAAGUAGGUCAAUCCAGAAAGAUCAACACCAAAUGGGUCAUCUGACAAAUUCUGAUACUAAUUCUGAUCAUUAUGCUCAAUCUCAUGCUUUAGGGCGUAAUAUCAAAGGCAAUCCAAUUUUCAAUGUUCCUUGUUUGUUUGUGGGUUUAGGUCCAAAAGGGUUGUUGGAUUCUGAUUCAGUUAGAAGUCCAACUUCACCUCUAGAUACUAGAGUUCUUUCAAAUUCAGGUAACCCUGUUAGGAACCUAAGAUCUUCACUCCUUGAGGGGAACCAAAGGAGUUGGGAUAGUUGCAAAGUUGGUCUAAGUAUUGUUGAAUCUUUGGAAGAUUGUAACUGUUCUAGGUUUUGUGGGAAAAUUCUUCAAUCACUUGAUAGCAAGGGCAUUAGUCUAAGUCCUCAAUCUAUGAUCAAAACUCCAAUUUGUGAAACUUGUAUGGAUUCUUUUGAGUCGUCGUCUAAGUCUUUGCCUAAAGAUUUUGGUAAGGUGGUUCCUUGUGUAGAAGAUGGAUCUGUUAUCCAAAAGGGUGAAUGUGAGUCCAAUGUCCUUUUUGAGAUUGGUGAAACUAGCUUAGAGCAUGAUGAACCAUUUGGGAGAACUAGGUCAUGUUCAUUGGAUUCAUGCAAAUCAAUGAAAGCUGAUUUUGGAUUAGCCACUUCAAAAACUGAUUCUGAUAUCGAUGAUUUUGCUAUGAAAGAUGUCACAGUUCAGGUUAGCUCUUCUCCUCAUUUUAUUGGAGGAAGCCAGAACUCAAAUGCAUUCAUACCGGCAGAGUCAAAAUCAAACACUCUUUCCAUAUGUUCUUCCAGUGAGAUUCUUAAGUCUCUAUCAGCUAGUGAGAUUGAGCUUUCUGAGGAUUACACAUGUGUGAUUUCUCAUGGUCCUAAUCCCAAAACAACUCAUAUUUUUGGUGAUUAUAUCUUGGAAACUCAUCCUGAUUUAUCUAUUAAGAAUCAUUUUAAGAAUGAAGAGAAUGAGAAGGAGAAAGGAGUGACCCUUAUGGGUAACAAGUUAUCACAGACUCCAAACCAAUAUCCCUCUAGUGCCUUCUUAAGUUUCUGCCACCAUUGCGACAAGAAACUGGAUGAAGGGAAAGACAUUUAUAUCUAUAGAGGUGAAAAAGCAUUUUGCAGCUUAACUUGCCGUGCCAUAGAGAUUAUGAUUGAUGAGGAACUUGAGAAAUCCAACUCUCCUUGCGAGAACUCUGCAAAGCCAAAACUUGGUGAGCAAAUUUUUGAAGCAGGCAUCCCCACAACCACAUAAGAAAGAGUAGACGCAUUUGAUCAUCGGAUCACAAUUGAGCUGUUUUAUGUGCAUCUGUUAGCAGCCAUUGGAUGAUCGUUUUGUACAUCAUUGCGUUUUCUUUGACUAUAACUUAUGGUUUUUGGUGGAUUAUAAUUUAUGGCUCUCAUGAAGCUAGUUUUGUUUUAUAUAGAGAGAUAUAAAAUGUUAUCAAACUAUUGAUAGCUUGUAGAAAUUAAAGGGUUGAAGCCUAUUUUUCUGGCAUCCCCUUUUGAAAUUUUCUUGCAUUCUAAGAGAAAUGAUAUUUGUACAACCAUUUUGGUAUAAAUUUUGUACAACUUUCUCUCUCAUACUCACAUUAUGUUUUAUUCGCUCUCUACCUUUCUCUCUCUCUCUCUCUCUCUCUCUAUUGUUUUUGACCAAUGAGAAGAGAGAACAACAAAGUUGUCUCAAAGGUUGUACCAAAAUGGUUGUGAAAAUAUCAUUACUCUAUCUCUAAUAUUAAUAACUAUGUGGAUGUUCACGACCCAAACAAAGUUUUUGACUUUAAUGU